UUACUUUUUCCCAUCACUUAUUUGUGUCACCCUUCUUGUACAGUGAGGGAAGCCAGGAGUGAUGGCCAGAGAGGAGGAGGCCGCGGGGGUCCACGUGGAGGGGGCCGUGGUCGUGGACGUGGACGUGGGUUUAACCAAGACUUUGCUGCUGAUGAGAAUGCUUUUGGCAGCAAUAAUGGAUUCUCUGGGAGGUACAGUGCUCCAGAAAAUGGAGAAUCAGGAAAGGUCUCUGAAAGGAGAGGUGGAUACGGUGGAUCUCGUGGGGGCUUCUACGGAGGUCGUCGUGGUGGUUUCAAUAAUGGUGAUGCUGCUGAUGGAGAAAUUGAACGCCCAAGGAGAGUGUUUGAUCGACGAAGUGGCACUGGCCGUGGGAAUGAGUAUAUUAAACGGGAGGGCUCUGGUCGUGGGAAUUGGGGAACUACUGCAGAUGAUAUUGCACUGGAGACUGAAGUACCUGUUGUUGAUGGUGAGAAGAUUGUUGAGGCUGAGAAACAAACUGGGCAGGAAGAUGCUGGAGAUGACAACAAGGAUUCUACUGCUGCUGAGCUAGAAGAGAAGGAACCUGAGGAGAAGGAGAUGACCCUCGAGGAGUAUGAGAAGGUAAUGGAGGAGAAGAGGAAGGCUUUGGUGGCUCUAAAGCAGGAGGAAAGAAAGGUUAAUUUGGACAAAGAACUUCAAUCCAUGCAACUUCUCUCAAACAAGAAGAAUGAUGAUGAGAUCUUCAUCAAAUUGGGUGCUGAAAAAGAUAAGAAAAAGGAGGCAGUGGAAAAAGCCAAAAAGGCCCAAAGCAUAAAUGAGUUUCUAAAGCCUGCUGAGGGUGAAAGUUACUACCGCCCUGGUGGCCGUGGUAGGGGCCGCGGCCGCGGAAGAGGUAAUGGUGGUGGAUAUGGUGGAAUCAGCAGUGUUUCAGCCCCAUCCAUUGAAGAUGUUGGUCAAUUCCCCUCCUUGGCUGUCAAGAAAGGGAGGCAGUCCUGCAUGGAUUAGGAUUAUGUUGAUCAGCCUGGGCUAAAAGUUGGAUGCCAGUUUUGUAACAUUUUUGGUUAUUUUUUUUUCUUUCUGAUUUCAGUCAUUGUUGAACAUGGUGUAAUAUCAUCAUCUUAUGAGAACUUGAAGAGUAGAUGAUAUAUUAUGUUACAAGAAUGAUUCACUUAAUAUUAUCUGGUAACAAUUUCAAUAUUAUAUA